AUGCUUGUGCUACGACGAUUGAAGUAUUUUUACUGCUGUCAUAAUUAUUAUAUGUCAGCUGUUCCUUUUUCUCAAUCUGGUUAUUACUCUGGGUUAUUUUCAAUUUGGGAUUUUUCGAUUUUUCAUAAUGGCUUUUUAUAUGACUUCAAUGUUGUUGAUAGAGAUAUCGGUUCCAAAGACCAGCGUGAUACUCCUCAAAAGUAUUUUGUUCCUAUGGAGAGUGAUAAGUUGAGGCUUAAAUACAUACACAGUUUAAGAAUGAAUGUUAUUGUUAUUGUUAUUGACAUCUCAUUAUGGUCUUUCUAUAUGGGAUCAUUACAUCCGAGUAUUAUCUGGAUAAAUCUACCCACAACCGUCAUCAGCCCAUCUGUGAUCAAUGUCUGAAAUAAUGUGUAUAUAAAGACCCCCUUUUAUUUGUUUAAUAAAGC